GCGGAGUGGAGGACACGGACACACACACACACACACACAUAGAGAAGGCUCUUUUCUCGGUGCCUGCACUUAUGCCUGGUGCAGCUCCGUGCCAGCCCUGCUGCCGAACUGCCCGCGCUGCCCCGGAGGAGCCGCAGCUCAGCCGCACGCCGGGCCCCGGGGCCGGGGCUGCGGCCCCGCACCGAGCCAGGGCAGAGCAUGGCCCCCGCCCUCCCCCUGCUGCUGCUCUGGCUGUUUGUCCCCACGGCGCUCCCGGAGGUGUUUGGCCCUGGAGAUGGCACAGAGGACCCCAAGGCUCUGCAGGUGUCCAUGCCACGGCACCCAGCCCUGGAGGCCGUGCUGGCAGGAGAUGUCACCAUCCCGUGCCUCAUCACCUACCUUGGUCCCCAGCCCACCACCGCCAGCACCGGCGGCCGCCGCGCCGUCCUGGGCACACCCCGGGUGAAGUGGACCUUCAUCUCUGAGGGCAGGGAGGUGGAGAUCCUGGUAGCUCGUGGGGACAGGGUGAAGGUGAGCGAGGACUAUCGGCUGCGCGCCUCCCUGCCCAUCUUCCACCAGCGCUACACCAACGCCUCGCUGCUGCUCACCGAGCUGCGCCCCAACGACUCGGGCAUCUACCGCUGCGACGUGCAGCACGGCAUCGAGGACGGCCACGACAUCCUCCACGUCAAAGUCAAAGGGGUGGUGUUCCACUACCGGGAGGGCUCCAUGCGCUACGCCUACACCUUCUCCGAGGCGCAGGAGGCUUGUGCCAGGAUCGGUGCCAGCAUCGCCACCCCCGAGCAGCUCUACGCCGCCUACCUGGGGGGCUACGAGCAGUGUGACGCCGGCUGGAUCGCCGACCAGACCGUCAGGUACCCCAUCCAGACCCCUCGUGAGGCCUGUUACGGGGACAUGAACGGCUUCCCAGGGGUGAGGAACUACGGCGUGGUGGACCCUGAGGACAUGUAUGACGUGUACUGCUACGCUGAGGACCUGCCAGGUGAGAUCUUUCUGGAGACAUCCCCGGCCAGGUUCACCCUGGAGGAGGCUGCGCAGCGCUGCCGGGCUCUGGGCGCGGAGCUGGCGAGCCCGGGCCAGCUGUACGCCGCCUGGAACGCGGGGCUGGACGCCUGCAGCCCCGGCUGGCUGGCCGAUGGCAGCGUCCGCUACCCCAUCGUCACCCCCCGCGAGCGCUGCGGAGGGGCCCUGCCCGGCGUCAAAACCAUCUUCCUCUUCCGAAACCAGACGGGAUUCCCCGAUGCCCAGAGCAGAUACGAUGCGUACUGCUUCCGAGAAGGGACAAACUCUUUCCCUGAGGCUGCAGGAAAAUACCAAGGCCAAGAGCCCGAGGAGAAUCUCCUCCAGGAGAUUGUCACAGUGGCAGAAAAGCUGGAGGAGCUGCAGCUGCCCCGAGCGCCCGUGGAGCUCGAGUCGCGAGGGGCCAUUUACGCCGUGCCCCUCUUUGAGGACCCUGACCUGGGCAAGCCAAGCCAGACCCCUGGAGACACCCUGGGGCCACUAGAUACCUCUGUGUCCUCAGAGGAGUCGCAGGGAGCAGCGCCGGGCAGAGCUGGCAGCGCAUCCCCGGAGCGCCCGGCCGGAGGGCGGCACCGCGGGCACCCCACGGAGCCGGAGGGACCCACGGCUGCCCCCGCAGAGAGCCGAGAAGGCGCUGGGAGCCCCCGCCGCGGGCACAAAUCCGGCGGGGCCAGCACCCCCUUUUCCGGGGCUGAGGAUGCCGAGCUCUCCGGAGAUGUCGGGGAGAGCCCCGGCGUGUCCCCGCUGCCCCCCGCGCCCCCGCAGGAGGACGGAGAGGAGCACUCGGGGGCCGUGUGGUUCCCCUCGCCCGCAGCGACUCCGUGGCUGCCCCGCAGCAGCGCCGCACCGGCCCCGGGCACACAGCGAGGGAUGCCCGCUGCACCUUCCGAGGAGGAGGAUGAGGAGGAGGAGGAAGAGCAUCCCUCCGUUGGCACCGUGGAGGGUUUCCUUACGGCCGUUCCGGGAGAAGCAGGUGGCUGUGUCCCCAACCCCUGCCUGAACGGAGGCACCUGCGUGGAGGACGGCGCCCAGCUCACCUGCCUGUGCCUGCCCGGCUACGGGGGCAGCAGCUGUGAGAGACCCCUGAGGAGCUGCAGCCCGGGCUGGGACAGCUUCCAGGGCUCCUGCUACCGACACUUCUCCACCCGGAGGAGCUGGGAGGACGCCGAGAGCCAGUGCAGGCACCACGGGGGCCACCUGGCCACCAUCCUGACCCCCGAGGAGCAGGACUUCAUCAACGACCAGUACAGGGAGUACCAGUGGAUCGGCCUCAACGACCGCACCAUCGAGGGCGAUUUCCAGUGGUCUGACGGGAGCCCCUUGCUGUACGAGAACUGGCACCCCGGGCAGCCUGACAGCUAUUUCCUCUCGGGGGAGAACUGCGUGGUCAUCGUGUGGCACGACGGUGGGCAAUGGAGUGAUGUGCCCUGCAACUACCACCUGUCCUACACCUGCAAGAUGGGGCUGGUGCAAUGCGGGCCCCCCCCCGCCCUCAUCAACGCCCGAGCCUUCGGCAGAGCCAAGCAGCGCUAUGAGAUCGGCUCCACCACCCGCUACCGCUGCCGGCCCGGGCUCGCCCCGCGGCGCUCGCCCAUCAUCCGCUGCCGCGAGGAUGGCACCUGGGAGCCCCCCCAGCUUUCCUGCCGGCCUGACAGUGCACCUCUACUCUAAACCAAUCCCAAAGUGCCAACAUCACUGCAGAAAAUGGAGAACAAGAAGAAAAAGAAGAAGAAGAAGAAGAAGAAAAAGAAGAAGAAGAACGGCUGGACACGCCCAGAUUCCUCCAUCUUGUCCCCAUAACCAAAAAUCCUAAAACCUACAUUUUCACCCUGUGAUCAUUUUGUUAUUACACCAUUCAAACCUGUGUGACUUUCACGUCCUCAUACAAAGCUGGCCACUUGUUCCAAGGGUCAAAAUCAAAUCCCCAGGUGUUCUGGGCAGCAUGCCAGUGUUAUAAAUGAUCAAAUCAAGAGCCAAACUUAUAAGAAAAUUUAGCAAUGAUUUAUUAAUUUGUCAGCGAGAACGAAUUUCCAUCGUCAAAAACUACCACAGCCAAGGGCAGUCAGUAUUCACAUGUAACAGGGUGGUCCGUCAAUCAUCGUGGUAGAUGCAAUCUUCGAGGUGAAAAUCACUCUUGAGUGGUCCUGCAACCCAGGGAAGCCGGUGAUUAUCACCUGGAAGCUUGUAUUCUUAUGUUAAAAACCCCAAAGUUAUCUCAACAUAGUCUUGGAACUAGAUGAAUAUGAAUAAGACACUGCUCCCGGCCAGGGUGGUCAAAGGAUAUCGUUUGGAUCUUACAAUAUGUUAUACAUUAAUAGCAUGAAUUAUCUCUAGCAUAUACUUCAUCAGGGUGUCCGAGCCCCCUGACGGGGUCUUCAACAACUCUGGACAUCCAGAGGGAUGUACUG